GCCCCGUCGAUAUGAACGUAGGCGAAGCUGUGAGAAGUUCCCUGGACACGGUCUACACACAACCACCAUUCCCCCCAGUGUAUAUGCAAAGCCAAGGUCAGUACCAACAAAACCUUUACCACCAAUCUCAGCAAACUCAACACAAUCCCGACACGGCAGCCAUUUUAGCAGAGUUGGAGCAGAUGGAUGCCAAACUCGCUAAGCUCGAUGCUAUUGAACAUGAUGUGAGUUCUAUUAAGGCAAAUAUGGCUAGGCUUGAGUUGAAAGUUCAGGAGAUCGAUGGGAUUAAAACACGUAUAACUGAAGUCGAAGCAAGCACACGAUUCAUCAGUGAUGGUUUCGAUAGAUGGAACGCAGAUAAAGCAGUUUUAGAAGCGGAUCUACAAUCACUGAGGGGUAAGGUGGAUGCAUGUGCACCCGACAUAUCGCGCCUAAAGGAAGACCACCUCGCUCUGAGAGAGUACACAGUUGAUCUCAGGUGUAGGUCCAUGCGGGACAACCUUAUAUUUACUGGUAUCCGCGAAACAGAACCCCAGCCUACCCUGGAGCAUUGCGAGAAUGUGCUGAAGGGAUUCAUUAAGGAGCACCUCCAAGUAGACUGUGAUAUCAUGAAGUUCAAACGUGUUCACAGGAUCGGAGCUAAACAACAACAUGGAGGAACAAUGAGACCGCGCGCCCUCAUCGCAAAGUUUAUAUACACAUGAGACAGAGACACGGUAAAUGGAGCAGUUUCCAGAUGAGGUCGCCCAAUACCGAAGGGAGGUGCUCAUGCCCCUGCUGAGAGAUGCCAGGAGACAAGGUA